CGCGAGGCAGAAACAGAUCAGACAGCAGGUCGGUCGGUUAGCAAAGAGACAGACCUCACAAAGUACCGGCGUUAAAACGGCAGACCUGAGCUUUCGGUUUCUGUGGCGGCGGGCUCGUUCUCCUGUGGACUAACAUUACGGGAAGUUUUUAUUCAAAAGUUCAGACGGACGGAGAGGGUCAGAAAAGCUGUCCACCAUGUCGGGGAGCAGGGAGGAGGAGAGGAGGAAACUGGCCGACAUCAUCAACCACUGGAACGCCAACCGGCUCGACCUGUUCGAGAUCAGCCGGCCCACAGAGGACUUGGAGUUCCAUGGCGUGAUGCGGUUUUACUUCCAGGACCGGGUUGCCGGUAACUUUGCCACCAAGUGUAUCAGAGUGUCCAGCACAGCGACAACACAGGACGUCAUUGAGACGUUAGCUGAGAAGUUCAGACCAGACAUGAGGAUGCUCUCCUCACCAAAAUACUCCCUGUAUGAGGUCCAUGUCAGUGGCGAAGAGCGUCAGCUGGACCUCGAUGAGAAGCCUCUGGUUGUUCAGCUGAACUGGAACAAAGAUGACAGAGAAGGACGCUUUGUCCUGAAGAACGAGAACGACAUUCUUCCCAAGAAGAGUCAGAGUAAUGGUCCAGAGAAGGAAAAGGAUGGAGUGAUCCAGAACUUCAAGAGGACUUUGUCCAAGAAGGAGAAGAAGAAGGAAAAGAAGAGGGAGAAGGAGUUUGCACGGAUCCCCGAUGGAGACGAGCAGACCCUCAGCCGGGAGGAUGGGGAAAACAGUCGUCUGGCGGCAGAGGUUUACAAGGACAUGCCGGAGACCAGCUUCACCAGGACAAUCUCCAACCCAGAGGUGGUGAUGAAGAGGAGACGUCAGCAGAAACUGGAGAAACGCAUGCAGGAGUUCAUGAGCAGUGAUGGGAGGCCCGACUCAGGAGGCACUUUGCGGAUAUACGCCGACAGCCUGAAGCCUAACAUCCCAUAUAAAACCAUCCUGCUCUCAACAAGAGACACAGCUGACUUUGCUGUGGUGGAGGCACUGGAGAAGUACGGGCUGGAGAAGGAGAACCCAAGAGAGUACUGCAUCGCCCGGCAAGAUGAUAAGUCGGGCAAGGAAGUGAUUCUGGACGAUACAGAGUGUCCACUGCAGAUCUUCAGGGACUGGCCUGCUGACAGAGGAGCACUAGUGUUCCAGCUGAAGAAGAGACCCCCUGACUACCAAGGGAGGAAGGGAAGGAAGGUGGAUGACAAGGGCCUGCGAGGGAAGGACGGCAGCAGCAGCUCACUGCCGCCUGAGAAACUGCCUUACCUGGUGGAGCUGAGCCCAGGGCGAGGGAAUCACUAUGCCUACUACGCCUAUCGGCACCACGAAGACGGGUCUGACUCACGGGACAAACCAAAGCUGUACCGGCUUCAGCACAGCAUCACUGAGGUCGGCUCAGACUGCACAGAGGACGGAGCCAUUCAGCUGCUCGGUCCGGGGAUCCUGCCCCACCACUGCAACCUCAUGCACAGUGAAGGUAUGGUGACUGUGACGCCGCACGGCCCCGACGCCGACACCUUUGUUGAUGGGCAACGGGUCACCGAGACGACGGUGCUGCGCUCAGGCUCCACUCUCCAGUUUGGUUCUGCACACGUCUUCAAAUUUGUGGACCCGAUGUUUGACCAAGGAGGGAAGAGGGAGCCAGCUGCCAUGAUGAGGAGCCGACACAAGUCCGGCAGCGUGCCAGAAACCACCUUUGACCUUCACGGAGACGUCCACAGUGGAGCUGCGCUGCCCACCAGCAAGAGCUCAGGGAAGCUGGACAUGGAGCGAGGCAUGGUGAAACCCAUGAUCAGAGGAGAGCAGCAGGACAGCAGGUCUCAGGACAUUUCAGCAGACAGAACAGAGUUGACUCUGCCAGCCGGCAUCGAGUUCAGAGACAACUCUGAAGACACCUUCUUGUCAGCCAUCAUCAACUACACCAACAGUUCCACGGUCCACUUCAAACUCUCACCUACUUACGUCCUGUACAUGGCCUGCCGCUAUGUCCUGUCGCCUUCUUACCGGCCUGACAUGUCGCCCUCUGAGAGGACGCACAAGGUCAUAGCCAUCGUCAACAAGAUGGUGAGCAUGAUGGAGGGAGUCAUCCAGGAGAUUCCUGAAGGGGAUCAGAAGCAGAAGAACAUCGCAGGAGCGCUGGCGUUCUGGAUGGCCAAUGCCUCAGAGCUGCUCAACUUUAUAAAACAGGACCGGGACCUGAGUCGAAUCACGCUGGACGCCCAGGACAUCCUCGCCCAUCUGGUUCAGAUGGCUUUCAAGUACCUGGUCCACUGUCUCCAAGCUGAUCUGAACAACUACAUGCCUGCCUUCCUGGACGACCCAGAGGAACAUAAUCCACAGAGACCCAAAAUCGAGGAUGUCCUGCACACCCUAACAGGGGCAAUGUCGUUACUGCGGCGGUGUCGAGUAAACGCCGCUCUGACCAUCCAGCUCUUCUCCCAGCUCUUCCACUUCAUCAACAUGUGGCUCUUCAACAAGCUGGUGACGGACACAGAGUCGGGCCUGUGCUGUCACUACUGGGGGGCCAUCCUCCGGCAGCAGCUCAGCCACAUCGAGGCCUGGGCGGAGAAACAGGGUCUGGAGCUUGCUGCCGACUGCCACCUCAGUCGAAUUGUACAGGCUACGACCCUGCUGACCAUGGACAAAUACUCCAUGCAGGAUGUGCAGAACAUCCACAACACCUGCUUUAAGCUCAACUCCCUGCAGCUUCAUGCACUCAUGACCAACUACCAUUGUGCUCCGGACGAGCCUUACAUCCCGCCUGAGCUGAUAGACCACGUGGUGGCGGUGGCAGAGAACACAGCAGAUGAGCUGGCGAGGAGUGACGGGAGAGAGGUGCAGCUGGAGGAGGAUCCCGACCUCCAGCUGCCCUUCCUCCUUCCUGAGGACGGCUACUCCUGCGAUGUGGUGCGAAGCCUCCCCAACGGCCUGCAGGACUUCCUGGAGCCGCUGCUGCAGAGAGGCUUCUGCAGGCUAGUGCCCCACCCGCGGUCGCCUGGUACCUGGACUGUCCACUUUGAAGGAGCUGACUGCGACAGCCAUUUCUCUGCUGCUGACAGUUCUGAGAUGCCAAUGAGGAAAGACCCGGAGGUUGUCACGGUAACCCUGAAGAAGCACAACGGCAUGGGCCUCAGCAUCGUGGCUGCCAAGGGUGCUGGUCAGGAGAAGCUGGGCAUCUAUAUCAAGUCUGUGGUAAAAGGAGGAGCAGCUGAUGUGGAUGGCCGUCUGGCUGCAGGUGACCAGUUGCUGAGUGUGGACGGGCGUAGUCUGGUCGGCCUGUCGCAAGAAAGGGCAGCAGAGCUGAUGACGAGGACGGGCUCAGUUGUGACUCUGGAGGUCGCCAAGCAGGGAGCCAUUUACCACGGACUGGCUACUCUUCUCAACCAGCCCAGCCCCAUGAUGCCGAGAGCAUCAGACCGAGGCCGUGACAAGAACGGGAAACUGCGACCAAAGAGUGAAGGCUUUGAGUUGUACAACAGCUCGGUGCAGAACGGCUCCCCGGAGAGUCCGCAGGCCGGCUGGGAUUCUUACCCCGAACCAAAGAAGAUGAGCGGCGAAGAUCGACUCCUCAAGAACCGAGCCGACCAUCGCUCCAGCCCCAACGUAGCCAACCAGGGCCAGAGUCCUGCAAGCAAAGCGGUGUACCCCGGAGGACCUGGCACAAAGAUCACCUCCGUCUCCACUGGCAACCUGUGUGCAGACGAUGAGCCCUCCCCUCCCCGUCCAGAGGCCUACCCCAUCCCCACCCAGACCUACCCCAGAGAGUACUUCACCAUCCCGGCUUCAAAGAGCCAGGAUCGGGUUGUUGGUCCUGGGCAGGGGCCAGCACAGCACUGGCAGGGCAUGGACGACAGAGAACGCCUCCCUGUGGUCGACAACAUUCACAACAACAGCAUGCAGCGGAUUAACCACUCGCAGGAGGAGUUGUACCCCCCACCUGGAGGUCUGAGACCAGACAUGCAGCCGCACUACCAGCAGGACUACCAGCACCGGGACCUGGACUACCAACACAGAGAUCUUGACUACCAGAGAGGUCCACCGGGAGGUGUUGGAGGUCCUGACCACUGGGCCCCUCAGCCGCAGGUGUCUUCCUCUUUGGAGUCAUCCACGUCCAGCCAGGAGCACCUCAACUUCUCAGCCUCCUCCUCCUCCUCCAACAAGACCCAGAACCAGAAGACAGGGCCGGGCCGCUGGAAGACACCCAAUGCCCCUCAUGCUGCACCGCCACAUUCAGCCCAGACUCCAUCCCGCUCUGACCUGCCCCCCCCUCCACCCCCACCACCAGCUCCUUACCCUGAUGCCUACGACCCCUACGAUCCCCAGCCAGAGCUACCGCUCCCGCCACCUCCCGCUGCCGUCACUCCGGUAACAGCUCAGCAGGCUGCAGACCGCAAGAAACGUGAGGAGCAGCAACGCUGGUAUGAGAAGGAAAAAGCUCGGCUGGAGGAAGAAAGGGAGAGGAAGAGGAGAGAGCAGGAGAGGAAGCUGGGCCAGAUCCGGGCCAACCCCGUCAUGCCCGUCCAACCUCACAACAACGGAGGAUCCAUGCCUCCUCCUCACCACCAGCCCCCUCUGCCCUCCGUGGCCCCUCCCCAGCCCUACCUCCCCCCACAGCCUCAGCCUCCCCCAUCCAGACCAGAGAAGCUCGCCAGCCUGCCGCGCUCAGCUGUUCCUCCACCUGCCAGUGCCUCCCACCCUGCAGGCAUGGACACGGUGAUCAGGGAGCUAUUACCGCAGCAGCAGCCACGGACCAUUGAGAGGCGAGACCUGCAGUAUAUUACCAUCAGCAAGGAGGAGCUAACGUCCAGUGACAGCCUGUCUCCAGACCCCUGGAAACGAGACGCCCGUGAGAAGGCAGAGAAACAGCAGCAGCUUCACAUCGUCGACCUGCUGGACAAAGAGAUCCAGGAGCUCCAGUCAAAGCCAGAGCGAACGGCAGAAGAAAGCGACCGCUUGAGGAAGCUGAUGCUAGAGUGGCAGUUCCAGAAACGACUGCAGGAGUCCAAGCAUAGCGACGAGGACGAGGAGGAGGAGGAUGAUGAGGACGUGGACACCAUGAUGAUCAUGCAGAGGCUUGAGGCCGAGAAGAGAGCCAGGUUGCAGGACGAGGAGCGACGGCGUAAGCAGCAGCUGGAGGAGAUUCGUAAGCGGGAGGCAGAGGAGCGAGCAAAGCAAGAGGAGGAGAGGAGGUGGAGGGAGGAGGCCAAACGAGAGGCUGAGGAGAAGAGGAGACAAGAGGAGGAGUACUACACUCGCCUGGAGGCCGGCCGGCUCGUCAGGCGUCAGCAGCUUUCUCUCUGCCUCCUCGUGCUGCCGGCGCCGCUCGGCCUCCAGGCGAGUGUAGUACCCCGGGAUUACCAACCCCCCGCCCCCCACAACCCUACUAACACCCCCCCACCCCCCCCACAGAGAAACACCUCCUACCUCAAAACCCAGGUCGCCUCCCCCGACACACUCUACACCGCCAAGUUUGUCUCCUACGCGGGCGACGAGGAGGACGAGGACGAGGAGGAAGCCACCAAAGCAGGGAGUGGCGGCGGCGGCAAUCAAUCAGGUCAGGUGAAGCUGUCGGCGACCAGGAAGUCGUAUGGCGACCUCCCGGCCUCCGCCUCGCCCAAUCACAGCAGGCCUCAGCCGCCGCCCACUGCGCGCAAGCCCCGCCCUCUUUCUGACGGCAUCUUCCUGUCUGGCUCGUUCCAGCCGCCAGUCAACAACUCCAACAGUACAGGUCCCCCCCUUCCUGCCAAACCCAGCUCCAUGCCCCCAGGAGGCUUUAAAGGAUUUAACUCGUACACUGGAAACUCAGCAGGAGUUGUAGGAUCAGGAGAAGUAUACAACGACCCGCGGGACAAAUGGACAAAGAGUCAGGAGCAGGAGAACUCGAUCCCCAGCGGCGCUCCGGAGAGUCUGACCUUCAAGGAGCGUCAGCGUCUCUUCUCUCAGGGGAAGGAGGUUUCCAACAAGGUCAAGGCUUCACGCAAACUCAUGGAGCUGGAGAACGAGCUCAAUACCAAGUAGUAGAGCCCGAGCCUUCCACCUCCCAGCACCACCUUAACAACGACAUCACCAUGGUAACGUUAAGGUGCUCCUGGGAUAAAAACUCUCCUCCUGUAUGUGUUGUUUUCCCCCUUUCUUUUUUUUUAUUUUAAUCAUUGAAUAACUGGACCAUUCACUUUUUUGGCGUAGCUAUAUCGUUGCAACAGGAGAGACAUUUAUGGCUUAAAAAUUUCUUCCCCUCGUUAAGGUCUGUCAAAGAUAUAUAAUGAUAAAGCACUGUACAAAAGUUUUAAUUGUAUCUAGUGAAAAUUUGAGAAUCACACGACAAAGGGGGAUAUAUUUUUGUUUAUAAAAUGGUUCUUGGGGCGAGGGGAUGGAGAAAGGUUUUUUCUCAUUUUAAUUUUUUUUUUUUAAAUAGUUCACUGAGAAACAAUUUUACGGUGUUAUUUUAGUGCUCUCUUUCUGCAUCAUGUUGUUUUCACACUUUUAAUUGCCAGCAGAAAUGCCCAUAAUUGAGCUCCAGACCAUUUUUUUUUUGUUUGUUUGUUUGUUUGUUUUUUUUAAAUUAAAUUCUCAGUGAGUGAAAACACUGUUAUUUCAUUCCGUAGCAAGAAAGCAUGGAAAUUUUUUUUUUUUAUUUUUAUUUUGUGACAUUUUAGAUAAACUCUGAAAGAUUCUCCAAAAGAGGAUCGUACAGUCCUGAGAAGGAACUUUAAGUGCACAACAUUACUGUAAAUAUUUGGGUCCACAACUGUCUCACUCUUUUACUACUGUAGAAACCUGCCAGGCUUGUGUUCGAAAUAAAUAAAUAAACAAACAAACAAUAAAAACUUCAAAACUAAUGUGAUUUAACAGCAUUUUGGUGACAGAAAAAUCCAACUCCCAAACACUAAAUUUUGGACUGCCUCCCUGCUGCUCCUCACUGUCAGUGGAGUUAAAUUUUUAAAUGUUUCACCCCCAUCUGGCGUAACUCUUAAUUUUAUUUACUUUUAAAUCUAAUCUUUUUUGCAGAGUUGUGUGAGAUUAUUUUGAUUGUAAAACUCAAGGUAGAAAAAGGAUUUCUUUCUCUCACAAUGUGAUUAAUGUUGGUUUUCAAAAUAAAAAAGAAAAAGAAAUUAAUCUUAAAGCCUGUGUUUGCUUUACAGAUACUUAUUUCAAACCUUGUGGGAAAACAUACUUGCACAAAAAACUUCGUUUUUAAUAUUAACUAUGUAUCUGCAAACCGUUUUGAGAAGUGAAUUACAUUCGGGACCUCUUGUACUGUGUUAAUAAUCCGUGUUUUUUGGCAUUAGAGACAGAAAAGUGUUCUGUUUUUACACCAGCUGUAGUUUGGGGUUUUUUUUUAAAUUUUUUUUUAUUUUUUUGGACUGGAGUCAAGGUGACAGAAUUGUGAUUGUACAAAUAUAUAUACACACACAAUUAUUAUCAUUACUUUGACAAACACUGCUGCUCUGCUAAAAGGAACACACUUCAAAUCCCGGUGUAUCCCCCCAGUUUUAAAAACAAAAGAUAAAAAAAAAUAGUGAAGCUUCACAUGUAUCUCUCUUCUGCAGUUUGACUCCAUCCUGUGUGUGGAUUUAUUUAAUUUUUUUCUCCAGGAGCCUCCACUAAAACACAUUCUACAUGAUGAGAUAAGAUGCUGAUAUAAUAACUGACCUGUAAAAACACUACACUGUCUCCUCUCCCCCCACAACAACAACAACAACAACAACAACAACAACAACAACAAAUCCUUUUUAGGUUUCAAAAUGAACUGAAUCAUUUAAAUGGUUUCAUGUUUAGCCUUUUGUAAAUCAUUAAUAAAUACAGAUUUUUCAACA